AUGGAGAAGAAAACAAUUCUAGAAGAACUUCUUUUAAAGAAGUCACAACAGAAGAAAAAAAUAUCACCAAUUAAUUACAAGAAAAGGUUGUUUGUUCUGACAAAAGAAACCCUUUCUUACUAUGAAUAUGACAAAGGGAAAAGGGGAAGCAAAAAGGGGUCAAUUGAGAUUGAGAAAAUCCGUUGUGUUGAGACAGUGAAUCUUGAGGAAUCAACACCUCCUGCGAGACAAUAUCCUUUUCAGAUUGUGUACAGGGGUGGCCUUCUCUAUGUCUAUGCAGCUAAUGAAGAGAGCAGGGAGCGGUGGCUUGCAGCUUUGCAUAGAGAAAUUAAAGACAAUUCUGAUUUACUAAACAAGUAUCAUAAAGAAUUCUUCAUCAAUGGGAAGUUUCUCUGUUGCAACCAGACCUGUAAGGCAGCCCCUGGAUGUACCAUUUGGGAGAAACAUGUGACUCUGUGUUGCACAACUGGGUUUGUGAAACCACUGCCUCUCGUCCCUCAAACGCUGCAGAAGCGCAGAAGCCUGCCUCAUGGGCUAUCACCAGACAGGUCAGUCCUGAAAAUGGCUGUGGCCCAAUGCAACUAUGAACCCAAUGGAGCCUCAGCUUUCCAGCUCGUCAGAAGCAAUAAAUACUAUGUAUUGCAAGAGAAAGAUUCUGACUGGUGGAAAGUAAGGGAUUUGGAGGGGAAUGAAGGUUUUGUACCGAGCACUUACUUGAGAAAGUUAUCUCUGAGCGAUGAUGAGCCAAGGGAAAACUCCAGUGUCAGUGAACAGGCAUUGGCAGAAGAGCAGAGUAUUGCUAAUUAUGAUUGGUAUGCUGGUAAUAUCUCCCGUGCCCAGUGUGAGCAGCUGCUCCGUCAGAAGGGGAAAGAGGGUGCUUUUAUGGUUCGGAAAUCUAGCCAAGCAGGAAUGUAUACUGUGUCUGUAUUCAGCAAGGUUUCUGAAAGUAAAAAAGGAACAGUCAAACAUUACCACGUGCACAAAAACACUGAGAACAAGUAUUACAUCGCUGAAAACUGCUGUUUUGAAUCAAUUCCCAAGCUUAUACACUACCAUCAGCACAACUCAGCCGGUAUGGUGACAAGACUCCGGCAUAUAGUGUCUACGCAAAUAAAUAAAGUCCCAACCACAGCUUCAUUAGGAAAUGGAAUCUGGGAGCUGAAACGAGAGGAAAUUGUCCUGCUGAGAGAGCUAGGGAGUGGUCAGUUUGGAGUGGUGUAUCUGGGAAAGUGGAAGGGACAAUAUGAUGUGGCCGUAAAGACGAUUAAAAAGGAAGCAAUGUCAGAAGAUGAAUUCAUAGAAGAAGCUCAGAUCAUGAUGAAACUUAAUCAUCCCAAACUUGUUAGACUGUAUGGUCUAUGCUCAGAAUCGUAUCCCAUCUAUCUAGUGACGGAAUACAUGCCUAAUGGCUGUUUGCUUAGCUACCUACGGAGUCGUGGGAAGGAACUACAGCCCCUUAGGCUCCUGGAAAUAUGUUAUGAUGUUUGUGAUGCUAUGGCAUUUCUGGAGAGCUCUCAGUUCAUACAUCGAGAUUUGGCUGCUAGGAACUGUUUGGUUGACAGCAAUCUUACUGUGAAAGUAUCUGACUUUGGGAUGACUAGGUAUGUUCUGGAUGACCUAUAUGUAAGUUCACUAGGGAGCAAGUUUCCAGUGAAGUGGUCAGCACCAGAAGUUUUUCAUUACACCAAAUAUAGCAGCAAGUCAGAUGUGUGGGCCUUUGGUAUCUUAAUGUGGGAGGUGUUCACUUUGGGAAAGCAGCCCUAUGAGCUUUAUGAUAACAUGCAGGUGAUUGAGAAAGUGUCACAAGGAUACAGACUUUAUAGACCACAACUAGUUUCAGACAUCAUCUACCAGAUGAUGUACAACUGCUGGCACGAGCUACCUGAAAAGCGCCCUGCCUUUUAUCAGCUCUUGUCAUUUUUUGAGGCACUGAGAGAAGACAACAGAGCUUGAAAAAGAAGAUUCCUAAAGAGAUGACCAUGCAUACUGGUUCCAUAUCACCUGUCUUCUGUACGAGAGCUAAAUCUGAAAUUUGUCUGACAUUAGCCACCCCUAUUAUUCUGUAUA